AUGGCACCCAAUAUCACCUCCAAAGCCAACAAUGUGGUCUUUAUCGACGCAACACCAUCCACACCAACUAAAAAGACCACCAAACAACGUUCUACCACACCCAUCAAGUCUCCCACCAAAAACACAAUCAUGAAUUUCUUCUCCACCAAGAAACAAACACCCUCAUUGUCAAUUACAACACAAUCUACAAACAACAGCUGUUGUCUUACAGUGGCAUCACACACUGCUACAACCACCACUCCUCUUCCUCCUACUACAAAUGCUAGCACCACCACAAGAAAUAAUGAUGCCCUUUCGAUAACCUCCGAGGAGGAUGAUGUUAUCAUGAUUGAAUCAUCACAAGAAAGUUUAAUUAUUACUAAUAGAUUACCUCAAGUUGUGGUUAUGGAAAUGAUUAAUGAUAGUCAUAUUGUUAAUAAUAAUAAUAAUACUAAUAAUAACAUGAUAACAUCCAUGAUGACUGGUGUUAAUACCACUCCAAAGAAUGACAAGAAGAGAAAGUAUGAAUUAUCACCAUCUACCGAUGAAGAAAAGAAGGAAAAUAUUGAUCCUAAACAAAUGAAUGCAAUUCCAUCUUCACCAAUUGUUUCACCAAAGAAGAAGAAACUAAAAGAAACUAUUGUUACUGCUUCUGAUAGUAUUGCUAAUACUACUGCUGCUACUACUGCUACAACUCCUUCCUCAACAACAAUUAGUGAUAAAACACCAACAAGUGUCGAAGAAUGUGAAGAACUAAUUCAACAACUUGUUAAUGAAGUGAAAAAUCUCAAACCAUCAUUAGAUGACUCUUCAAAGUUGAGAAAGGAUGAAAAGAUUAAAAAGUACUUGAAGAAAUUAUUUGAAUUUUGUCAAUCCAAUAAGGAAUUCCAAGCCAAUAAGAAUACCUAUCCAUUCAAACCUGCAUUUAUUAAUUUAUUGAUUGCUUACUGUCAAGGUGUUGCCUCUCUAGAUGUUGAUGAGUUGAUUCAGGAUGUGAGAAAGUCAUGGAUUAAGAUUGCCCAAAAGAAGCAACUCGUUACUGGAACAAUUGAUGAAAAUACCAUUGACAAUUUACUGCCAACAAUUGAUGCCAUGAAGAAUGCCAUCAAUUUGCACUUGGAGAGAAAGGUUUAUGGUGUUAAGGAUUUGUGUGAAAUUAGUGUUUGGGAAGCAAGAAAACUUUCCUCUCUCACCACCAAGGUUGGUUCCACAGCUAGAGAUUGUGCCACCCUGGCUAAGCAAAUGAGAAGUAACUUUAAAAAGAUUGCUGAAACUAAAGGAAAGGAAAUUAACAAGUUACAAAAGCUCAAAGUCAAAUUGGAGAAGCAAGCUGCUAAGGAAACUAAGAAGGAAGCAAAGAAGGAGGCAAAGAAGGAAGUUGCCUCGAAUGCUGCCACUCUCACCUCUCCAAAGAAGAAUAAGCAAACUCAAGUCAAGUGUAAGAGUAUCACACUUUUCACACAAAAAUGUAACAUUCUUAAAGAGGAUAAGGUUGUUUCUGCUCCUGUUUGUAGAGUUCAAAGUGGAAAGACCAUUGAAGAAAUUGAUUUGGCAAUUGCUGCUCAAAACUAUCCAGUCUCUCUCAAGGAAACAAUUGCCUCCAUGAAGAAGAAUCCACUCAAAAAGCCAAAAGUUGCCUUCAAAUUCAUUUCACUCUUUGGUAAGGUUCAUACUUUCCAUAAGGACGAAGAAGAGUGCCAAUCCACUGUUGUUAACGGAAGAAAACCACUUGCUAAGGAUCCAAACAUGACCUAUCCAGAAGAGGAUGAGGAAGAGAUGGAAGAAUUGGUUUUGGGUGAAGCUGAUCUUGCUGUUGAAGGUGAAUGCCUCGAUUCUGAAGAUGAUGAUGGUGAAGAACUUGAAUUUGAUUCAGAAGACGAUGUAAAUAUGGAGGAAGAUAAUAUUUGUGCUGAUGACAUUAUUGAAUAUGAGGAUGGUAAGAUUGAACAUGUUGAAACAAGUGAAAUCUCCAAGGAUCAACAAAAGAAGAAGAAGAGACAACAAUUAUCUGAUUUGGAUCCAAUCUUUGAAUGUUCAAAUCAAUUACAAGAAGUUACUUUCACUGUUGAUGAAGAUUUCAUCUUUGACAUUUCUGAAUUGAAUUGCAAUCAAGUGUUUUGGUGGCAAAAUCAAUCAGCUCCAAAGAAGAAUGUCACUGCCACUGAAACUGAAGCUAAGAAUGCAACCAGUUCAACUGAUGCCACCAAUUCAGACAAGAUGGAUACUACUUCUGAUGGAACAACCACAACAGAAACAGGUGAAAAGAAAAGCAAGCCUAAAAAGCAACAAGGUGCUUCUGUUCCAGGAGAAAUCAAGUUUGUCAAUCAAACAGACUCUUUCACCUCUCCUUCCAAGUCUGAUGUUUGGGAAUCUGGUCAAAUGGAACAUUUGAAGAUCAUUCUCACUACAUGUGCAACUAAACCAGAAAUUGUCGCUGCCAUGCUUCAAAAAUUCCCAUCUCUCUCAAAGAACAGAGUCAAUAAGAAGAUUAAGGACAUUGUUGUCAAGGAAAAGAGAGAUGGCGAUAGUAAGACCAAAUUUUAUUUGAAGGAAUAA